CAACUCCGCUAUUUUCCCCGAAUCUCAUCUCAAUUUCUCAUCUUUUGCUUGGGUUCUGUUGGGUUUUCUCGCAAUCGCAAUCGGGGAUGGGUUUUGAGUUACGCAGCUCUCUAUGCCUUGUCGAUGCUCCUUCUAAGCCAUGAUUCGCUUGUUCAAAGUCAAGGAACAGCAGAGGGAACAAGCUGAGAAUGCCAAUGGAGGCAUACCUGUUAAAAAGCAAAGUGCUGGAGAACUUCGCCUUCACAAGGACAUUUCUGAGUUGAACCUGCCAAAAUCAUGUGCCAUAACAUUCCCUAAUGGCAAGGAUGACCUGAUGAGCUUUGAGGUCACAAUUAAACCUGAUGAAGGAUAUUAUGCAGGUGGAACGUUUUUGUUCUCUUUUCAAGUUUCUCCUAUCUAUCCUCAUGAGGCACCAAAAGUGAAAUGCAAGACUAAGGUAUACCAUCCGAACAUCGACUUGGAGGGAAAUGUUUGUCUCAACAUCUUGCGAGAAGACUGGAAACCCGUUCUUAACAUUAACACUAUUAUAUAUGGGCUGUACCAUUUAUUCACGGAGCCAAACUACGAGGAUCCCCUUAACCAUGAAGCUGCUGCAGUGUUGAGGGAUAACCCGAAGAUGUUCGAGACAAAUGUGAGGAGGGCUAUGACUGGCGGUUAUGUUGGCCAAACUUAUUUCACGCGCUGUAUGUGA